AUGUUCAAAAUUAAUCAUUUUCUCUUUGUUCUUCAAAUUUCUGUUUUAUUGACUCUUUCUCUCUUCGCAUAACCACAACCACAAUCCUCCCACCUUAUAUAAUAGUAGUAGUAAUUCGUCAAUGGUGCGCUAUGUUAGUUAUUCAACCGUUUUUUCAUUUAAUCCAUACUCUUAAUUAUAGGUAUUCGAUAUAAUUUACUAGUCGACAUUAAGAAAUCGGUGUCAUGACUGCAUUUAGUUGUUGUUUUGGGAAGUUGGCUUCUCCUGUUAAAGCAAAUAGUCGGGGAAACAACGUUGAUGUUAGUAGAGAACUUCUGGAUUUAGAGAAUAUGAGAUUUUACAUGUACAAAGAUUUGCAAAUUGCUACUCAAGAUUUUAGACCAGAGAAUAAGAUAGGGCAGGGGGGUUUUGGUUCUGUUUACAAGGGGAUGCUAAAAGAUGGAUUAUUAGUUGCUAUAAAAGUUCUCUCUGAUGAGUCAAGGCAGGGAUUGCGGGAAUUCUUGACUGAGAUAACUGUUAUUUCAGAUAUACAACAUGAAAACCUUGUAAAGUUGCACGGUUAUUGUGUGGAAGGAGACCACAGAAUCUUGGUUUAUGGCUUCCUUAAAAACGGUAGCCUGGAUCAAACGCUACUAGGAAGUGGACACUCUACCAUUAAAUUCACUUGGGAAAUUCGAAGGAAGAUAUGCAUAGGUGUCGUGAAGGGGCUUGCGUAUCUUCAUGAGGAAGUGCAACCUCAUAUUAUUCAUAGGGACAUCAAGGCAAGCAAUAUUUUGCUUGAUGAAGAUUUUACGCCAAAGAUUUCCGAUUUUGGUCUAGCAAAGCUUUUCCCGUCUCAUCUAACUCAUGUUAGCACACGUAUUGCAGGAACUCAAGGCUAUUUGGCCCCUGAAUAUGCAAUACGAGGCCAGUUAACGAGGAAAGCAGACAUUUACAGUUUUGGUAUUCUGCUUUUGGAGAUUGUUUCUGGAAGGCCAAAUCAAAACAGGCGGUUACCUGUUGAAGAACAAUAUCUUCUUGAAAGGGUAUGGGAACUAUAUAGGGAAGGGGAGCUAGAAAGAUUAGUGGAUACAUCGAUUGGAGAAGAUGUUGAUAUUUCUGACGCUUGUAGAUACUUAAAAGUUGGUCUUCUUUGCACCCAAAGUCUUCCCAAAAGCCGACCAUCCAUGUCGGAUGUUUUGAAGAUGCUAACAGGUGAACUGGAUGUUAACGACAAGGAUUUGUCUGAUCCGGGCUUAUUAUCAGAGCUAAUGAACUAUAAAACCACAAAAACCAAUACAUCAGGUACAUCAUCUAGCAAGUCAGGAAAGCAAGAGGGUUCCCCGUUGUAUGGAAGUACAACAACAUCAUAUGCCAACAUGACCUUCACAACAAUCACUGAUAGGUGAUGAUCGAUACAUAAAGUGUUGUUAGGCAUGUCAUUUUUUGUAGAUACAUACUGAGAAUGCCAACAUCGUUAUAUAUGAUAUUCUUUGUUUUUAUUCA